AUGGAGCGCAUCGACACGCACAGCCAUGCCAUUCCGGCGCGAUGGCGGCAGCAUUGUAUGGACCUGGGUUAUGGCGACACUGACGGAAUAUCGAUGGUACAGGACUGGACUGUUGAAGCCCACCUGGCGACCAUGGACAAGGCGAAGAUCUCGAAAAGCAUAUUGAGCAUCACGUCGCCUGGCACGCACCUGAAGCCUGGGGAUGACGCCUUUGCUCGCAAGCUGACUCGUGAAACCAACGAGGACCUCGCCGAGAUCUGUGCGGCGCACCCGGACCGGUUUGCAUUCUUCGCAAGCCUGCCCCUUCCAGAUGUCGAGGGCUCUCUUGUGGAGAUCGACUAUGCCUUGGACCACCUCGGUGCCGUGGGCUUCUCGGUCAUGACGAAUGCACAUGCUGUGUACCUGGGCGAUCCAGCGCUGGAUAGGGUCUUCGAGAAGCUGAACGCGCGGCGAGCCGUGCUCUUUAUGCAUCCGACCUGCUGUCGAGUGAAUCUUCCAGCCGGCAACGGCAUUGCUCCUCAAGCGGUCGCUCCUCUGAGCCAGUAUCCGCGUCCCAUGCUAGAAUUCCUCUUUGACACCACCCGCGCCGUCAGCAACCUGAUUCUCUCCGGUACUGUCGCACGAUACCAGUCCAUCACGUUCGUUGUCCCUCACUGCGGCGCCGCCUUGCCACCUGUGAUCGAGCGGUGUGUGGGGUACACGCCACGCACAGUCAACCCCAGCAUGCCCAUCACCAGCGACGACGUCAAACGCCUGUUCAAAACGCGCUUCUUCUUCGACCUCGCGGGCUAUCCAUUCCCGGACCAGAUUCAUGGCCUACUGCGCUUCACAGAGCCCUCGAGGCUUUUGUACGGGACGGACUAUCCCUUUUACAAGGCCGAGGCUGUGUACCGACUGGGUGGAAUUAUGGAGCAAAAGGCACCAGAGAUAUUUGACGAGGAAACGAGAAAAGGGAUCUUUGGCGCGAAUGCGAGAAGGCUUCUAUGGCCCAAAUUAAAGAGCCAUGCCUAG